AAUAUAAAAUGUGCUUACCGUGCUUGUCUUCUGUCUCAGUGUAUUUUGACUGCAUUUAAAUAUUAUUAAUAUAAAAAUAUCAUUAAUAUGUCUGCGAGUUAUGAUGGAACAAGUAAGAGUAGUAGAGCUGAGAAUAAUGAAAAGUCCACAAAAGACUUCAAGGAGUUGAUCGACAAAGAAGAAUAUGAGUUGAGAAAGCGCCUCCCAAGGAAAUUGCCCAAGAGGAAAACAGAUGUGUAUGUUACCAGAAAGACUAAUUUUAACUGUCAGCUAGAGAGAUCACAGAAAAUCCUGGAUUCUGAAAAUGAGGUUUAUGUACACGGUCUUGGUGCAGCAAUAAAUAGGGCUAUAAACCUGGCCUUACAGUUACAAUCCAAAGGUCAAGGUUCUGUGGAAAUGUCUGCUCACACUUCAACCGUGGAAUUAGUUGAUGACCUUGAACCUCAAACAGAUGACCUGGAAGCAGAAACUCAGUCAAGGAAUAAUUCUGCAAUUCAUAUUAAGUUGUUUAAAAUAAAUCCACUAAAGGUUGAGCUAUCACAAGACAAAGGUGAAGCAUGAUAAUUAUUGUAUUUAGUUAUAUGAAUGAAUUAAAUUUGAGUCAUGAUUUUAAAAAGUCUUGUUAUAGUUUACAGAGUACUUUGAACUGUUCUCUACAUGCAGAUGUAAAGGAAUCGUUUUAUAAAGAAAUAAGUCAAUAUACAGAAAGUGUUCUUUCUCUUUUCUACCUUUUUUUAAAAAAAAGUUCUGGGGAUGGGAUGGGGUUGGCAUAUGACACAUAAGAUAUAAAAGAUCAUAUUACUGUGGAAUCAGCAAUGGUUUUUGGGAACCAAUGUUCGUGGAUUUUGUGAGUCAAUCUUAUUCCCGAAUUUACAUGUCCAAAAUUUUUUUUGGUCAACAUUUAUUCAUUGAAUAUUCUGUUUAUAUGAGUUACCCACAAAUUUACAUCCCAACAAACCUUUACUUACUCAUGAACAUUGGCUCCCAUGAAUUAAGAUAAAUUCACAAUGAUUCCAAAGGAUUUCAAAGAAGGCACAAAAGAGUAUAAUGGAAUGGCUUGUUGAGAAGAGGAAUGGGGGAAGGGUGAAUAGAGUCUAUUAGCACUGAGAUAAAAGAGUCAAUA